AUAUAUAUCAAACUCAAAUACUGUUUCUUUAAUCGAAAGCCGUGUGGAUAUUUAAAAUCGAAAAUCCUCCACAGGAAGCAAAACAGCAGAAAUCAAAAACCAAAACCUCUGUUCAUCGUCUUGUCAUGUCGUACGAUUAUCUGUUCAAGUACAUCAUCAUCGGCGAUACAGGUGUAGGAAAAUCAUGUCUGCUAUUGCAAUUCACGGACAAGAGGUUUCAGCCAGUUCACGAUCUUACAAUCGGAGUCGAAUUCGGCGCUCGUAUGGUUACCAUCGAUGCCCGUCCUGUUAAGCUUCAGAUUUGGGACACUGCUGGCCAAGAAUCAUUCAGGUCCAUUACUAGAUCAUAUUAUAGAGGAGCAGCUGGUGCACUUUUGGUUUAUGACAUUACAAGGAGAGAGACAUUUAAUCACUUAGCUAGUUGGCUAGAGGAUGCACGGCAACAUGCAAAUCCAAACAUGACAAUCAUGCUUAUUGGAAACAAAUGUGACCUUGCUCAUCGCCGGGCUGUCAGCAAAGAGGAAGGGGAACAAUUUGCCAAGGAAAACGGACUUCUAUUCUUGGAGGCUUCUGCAAGAACAGCUCAAAAUGUUGAGGAGGCCUUCAUAAAGACCGCAGGAAAGAUCCUCCAGAACAUCCAAGAAGGCGUGUUUGAUGUAUCCAAUGAGUCUUCAGGAAUCAAGGUCGGAUAUGGGCGGCCCCAAGGUCCUUCCGGCUCCCGAGAUGGAGCUGUUGCUCAGAGAGGAGGUUGCUGCAGCUAAAUUAACUGACACAAAUAAGAUCUGUAUUUUAUCCUUCAGUGCCAUUUAAUUUCAUUCAGCUUUUUUCAACCUCUCUUAUGAAUAUAUAUAUAUAUAUAUAUGUCUAGAAGUAUUAUGGGACCUUCAGUUGACAUUUAAUGUAUAGAUCCAAAUCUUCUGUGGUUCUUCGAAAGUGAAUUAAAGUUAAUUGAUAGGGAUUAAACUUUUGUA